AUGCAAAUCUUGCAUCAUCGCGCUGCUAACCCUUUAAAUAGAACCUGUGACUCCAGAUAUCAACAUCUAUAUCCACGUCAACAUCAACACCCCCUCGACCUGGCGAGCGAGCUCGAGAAGGUCGCACUCUGCGAUAUUGUCAGCAACCUCGUGGCCCAAGAAGUCGCGAUCACUUCCGCCCGAAACUUCUGGGACGCCGCCUCGACUGCCGCCUCGACUCGUGGUUACGAGCGCUCAGGCCCGGAGAUCCGCUAUAUCUUGAACAAGUGCCAUCAAGAAGGCCGCGCUGUGGCUAAUGCCACUCGCUAUAUCCAAGACAAGAUGCGCGUUGGAGGCGGUAAAUGCCCGGGUAAAAUUUCGGACUACAAUGCACCAGGAUUCGUUAGCGAGGAUCAGAAAAAGCGCCUGGAGGAGACAGCUAAGGCGGUUGCGCUGAUGGACGAGAAUGGAGAGGGCAAAGGCUACGAGAUGAGUUUUCAUACAGGCGAAGAAGACGAGCUUAGCAUAUCACCUAGCCAGGACCCCUCGAAUGAAGACGACGAUGACCUUGCCAUCCGCGUUGCGACAAUGCAGUGGAAUUUCUUCGCGCUUAUAUACCCUAAAAUUUUGUUGCUUGGCAACGGUGAUGCAUAUGAAAAGCUUGGCGUUCCGCGUUUACAAUCCCUCCCUCCAGCUUCUUGGAAGCCGCACAUUCUUGUUUGUCUAUGCCCCAUCAUAUCGAUUCUCGUUGAUGAGGAUUAUGUUCUGCGUGCCCGUCGCCGUUCGGCUCAAAUGAUAUUCCAGAGAACAAUGCCCCGGAAGGCAGUCUUGGAGCCGAAUCGUUGGGCGAGCAAGACUGCAGUCCCAGUUGAGCCUAUCAAGUUGCCGGUCGCGUCGACGAAUGAUGUUGGACUUGGUGGAGAGACAGCUGCUGAUUCGGAAAUAGCUGGUAGCAAGCAUUCCUGCCAUACCAGAAAUAGAGUUGAGAUGCCAAGCCAAGGUGAAUGGCAAGGAGGGAGGAAGCAAGCACGCAUGUGCACUUCGCUCCUGCAUGGACCAGAACCAGGGUUGCCGCGUGUGCACCUGCACGUCGUACCGCUCCCGCUCGCAUUGAAAGCCGAAGAACAGCCGCUCCCAGGCGAUGUGGUAGGCUAUAAAUGCUCUUCCCUUCUCACAAUGGUGUUCGUCCUCGCACCGCACACAUCACCUCGACAGAAUCGCUUCAAAAUUCUCCUUCGGUCACGGCAGCUGCUUCAGAUGAACGCCCAAGUCGUAGUCGUCUGCGUGAUCGUGGGCGCAGGCGCCGCCGUGCUGAUCGGAUAUGCCACAACACGCUACUUCUUCGGCAACACCUCCAACAAUGACGGGCCCACGGAUGAGUUCAACCAGGCAGCAUAUAUGCGUGAAGUCAGACUUCGCAAUGUCGAGCAAAUAGGCGCUAUAAACGGCUAUGGUCACCGACAUAUGGCAAGACUGACUCUUCUUUCCAGGCACGGGCUCGGGCGGACGCUUACUCUGAUCACACCUCAAUGGCUUAAGAAGCCGCAAGGCAAGCAGAUCCACUCCAUAUCUCAUUCGCCACGUCUGACAGCGUUGCAGGGUUACCAGAGUUUCCAUAAGCAAGCAUCACAGCGCAUAAUCCGAGAUGGUCUUGAUCCGACUUCCAUCCGCGCCAUCCAAAUAUCGAGUGACCCGAACUUCGAAGCAUAUAGCAGACCUAUUCGCCAGCAGCUCAAAAUUCAGAGCUAUGGCGAGAAGUUGGAGUCGAGGCCGGAGAGAUAG